CUUUCAUCAAAUGGAUUUCAAAAUAUUAAUAGAUGUAAAGGAAAAGACUUGGAUGAUACUCGCAUGCAGCAUAGUAAGUCAGAAAGCCCAUUUAGAGAAACAGAACCUCCAGUGUUGCCACACCAGGAUAAACUCAUAUCUUUGCCAGUUAUGACUAUAGAUUAUUCCAAAACAAUAGUUAAAGAACCAGUUGAUGUGAGAGUUUCUUGCUGUAAAACCAAAGAUUCAGAUAUAUACUGUACUUCAAACGACAACCGCCCUUCUUUGUGUCAUUCUGGAGCUGAAAAUACUGAGCCUUUAGUAACAAAGAUUUCUUCAAAUAGCUUUAUGAAUGUGCAUUUGAAAUCAAAAACAGUUAUAUGUGAUAAUGGAAGUCUGACAGAUCAGCACUCAAAAUUUGCAUAUGGAGAAUAUAAGCAGAGUGUUGGUAGUACUAGUUCAGCUUCUGUUAAUCAUUUUGAUGAUUUAUAUCAACCUACAGGGAGCUCAUGUAUUGCUUCAUCUAUUCAGAGUCUUCCACCAGGAAUAAAAGUAGACAGUUUAACCCUCUUGCAAUGUGGAGAGAAUACAUCUCCAGUUUUGGAUGCUGUGCUGAAGAGUAAAAGCUCAGAGUUUUUAAAGCAUUCAGAGAAAGAAAUAAUAGAAGUAGGUAGUGGCCUUCCUGAUUCAGGAAGAGGAUUUGCUUCCUGGGAAAACAGGCAUAAUAAUGGACUAUCUGGGAAAUGUGUGCAAGAGGCUCAAGAAGAAGGGAAUUCCAUACUGCCUGAUAGAAGAGGAAGACCAGAAAUCUCUUUAGAUGAAGAAGGUGGAAGAGGACAUGCACAUACUUCUGAUGAUUCAGAAGUUGUAUUUUCUUCCUGUGAUUUGAAUUUCAUCAUGGAGGACAGUGAUGGUGUAACAUAUACCUUAAAAUGUGACAGUAGUGGUCAUGCCUCAGAGAUUGUAUCUACUGUCCAUGAAGAUUAUUCUGGUUCUUCCGAAAGUUCAAGUGAUGAAAGUGAUUCAGAAGAUACAGAUUCUCAUGAUAGCAGUAUUCCAAGAAACCGUCUUCAGUCUGUUGUGGUUGUGCCAAAGAAUUCUACUUUGCCCAUGGAAGAAACAAGUCCUUGUUCUUCUCGGAGCAGUCAAAGUUACAGACACUAUUCUGACCACUGGGAAGAUGAGCGAUUGGAGCCAAGGAGGCAUCCAUAUGAGGAAAAAUUUGAGAGUAUAGCAAGUAAAGCCUGUCCUCAAACUGAGAAGUUUUUCUUUCAUAAAGCAACAAAGAAGAAUUCAGAAAUUUCUUCUAUACAGCCCAGCCGAAAACAGAUAGAUAAUCACCUGUCUGAAAUUGCUCAUCCUCAGAGUGAUGGGGUUGAUAGUACAAGUCAUACAGACAUAAAAUCUGACCCUCUAGGUCAUCCAAAUUCUGAGGAAACAGUGAAAGCCAAAAUAACUUCUAGGCAGCAAGAAGAGCUGCCAGUUUAUUCUUCUGAUGAUUUUGAAGAUGUCUCAAGUAAGUCUAGGCAACAGACCACUUUCCCUAACAGGCCAGAUAGUAGACUGGGAAAAACAGAGUCAAAUUUUUCUUCUUGUGACAUCUCCCAAGUGGAUGGUUUCCAUUCAUCCGAAGAGCUCAGAAAUCUAGGGUGGGACUUCUCUCAACAAGAAAAGCCUACCACGUAUCAGCAACCUGACAGCAGCUAUGGAGCCUGUGGUGGACACAAGUAUCAGCAAAGUGCAGAACAGUAUAGUGGGACACGUAAUUACUGGCAAGGCAAUGGCUACUGGGAUCCAAGAUCAGCAGGUAGACCGCCUGGAACUGGGGUUGUAUAUGAUCGAAUUCAAGGGCAGGUACCAGAUUCCUUAACAGAUGACCGUGAAGAGGAGGAGAAUUGGGAUCAACGUGGAGGAUCUCACUUUUCAGGCCAGUCCAAUAAAUUUUUUCUGUCCCUUCAGAAGGACAAGGGGUCAGUGCAAGCCCAUGAAAUAAGCAGCAAUUCCAUUAAGAACUCUUUAGCUGUGAAUGAGAAGAAAGAUCUUUCAAAAAACUUAGAAAAAAAUGAUAUGAAAGAUAGAGGGCCUCUUACAAAAAGGAGACAGGAAUUGGAGAGUGAUUCUGAAAGUGGUGGUGAGCUUCAGGACAGAAAGAAAGUUAGAGUGGAGGUAGAGCAGGGAGAGACAGCAGUUCCUCUAGGCUCAGCAUUGGUUGCGCCUUCGUGUGUCAUGGAGGACUUCAGGGACCCACAGCGGUGGAAGGAAUGUGCCAAGCAAGGGAAGAUGCCUUGUUACUUUGAUCUGAUUGAAGAAAAUGUUUAUUUAACAGAAAGAAAGAAGAAUAAAUCCCAUCGGGAUCUUAAGCAAAUGCAGUGUCAGAUGAAACUAGAUGAUAAUACUUCACAAAAGGAUGUUGUGCUAAUACCUUCUGAGCUGAACAGUUGUUUUAAUUUAACCGAACGAGGAAGGGAUGCUGUUGGCUUCAGAGAUCAAACAGUUGCCCCAAAGACUCCUAACAGGUCAAGAGAGAGAUACACAAACAAACAAACUCAAAAUAAAGAGAAAAGGAAACGAAGGGGCUCCCUCUCACCAACUUCUUCUGCCUAUGAGCGGGGAACAAAAAGACCAGAUGACAGAUAUGAUACACCAACUUCUAAAAAGAAAGUACGAAUUAAAGAUCGCAAUAAACUUUCUACAGAGGAGCGUCGAAAGUUGUUUGAGCAGGAGGUAGCUCAGCGGGAGGCUCAAAAACAACAGCAGCAGAUGCAGAACCUGGGAAUAACGUCUCCACUGCCCUAUGACUCUCUUGGCUACAAUGCCCCUCAUCACCCCUUUGCUGGCUACCCACCAGGUUAUCCCAUGCAGGCCUAUGUGGAUCCCAGCCAUCCUAAUGCUGGAAAGCAUGUGAUCACAAGGCAGACUCAGUGGGAUCCUCCUACUUGGGAAAGCCCAGAAGAUGAUGCCAGCCUUGAGCAUGAAGCUGAGAUGGACCUGGGAACCCCAACAUAUGAUGAAAAUCCCAUGAAGACCUCAAAAAAGCCUAAGACAGCAGAAGCAGACACCUCCAGUGAGCUGGCUAAGAAAAGCAAAGAAGUAUUCAAAAAAGAGAUGUCCCAGUUCAUUGUCCAGUGCCUGAACCCUUACCGGAAACCUGACUGCAAAGUGGGAAGAAUUACCACAACUGAAGAUUUCAAACACCUAGCUCGCAAGCUGACUCACGGCGUUAUGAAUAAGGAGCUGAAGUACUGUAAGAACCCCGAGGACCUGGAGUGCAAUGAGAAUGUGAAACAUAAAACGAAGGAGUACAUUAAGAAGUACAUGCAGAAGUUUGGGGCUGUUUACAAACAGCCUAAUUUUGUCCUCUUUGUUUACAAAGAGGACACUGAAUUAGAGUGA